AGCAUAAGACAUAUGUUCUAGUGAAAUUUAAGUAUAGGUUAAAAUUUGUACAUAUUAUUUCAAAGAAGUUAAAUCAAUAAUUCGGUUAAGUGUCAGUUAGAAAUUUUAUUAAUAGAUUGGAAAAAUGAAACUGCCUUUCGGAAAAAAGCACGCAGAAAUUGCGACCUCUUUCGCGUCAUCAGCCGUUGGUUUUGGAGGUGCGGGAUUUCUAACGUUGCUCUAUUUUACAGACUGGAAGGUAGUCCUGCAAUACGUGCCCUUCUAUGGUUCCAAAUUUGAUAAACCUGAAUAAAUGUAUGCACAACAAAAUAUAUUUUCUAUAUCUUCUUUCGAGGGAGAAAAGCGACUGUUAAUAUCUAAAGGAAGUUGGAAACGCUAAGAAUAAAAGGACUGCCCAGUUUCUUAACAGGUUAAAAAAUGAUCUGAUCUUUUUGAAGAUCCUGUGUUUCAAAUUCAAAUAUAUUUCCCUUAAUAAAAAAGAAGCACGUAAAGCAAACUGCUCUUUGCCUCUAAUUACAACGGAUGCUAAAAUAUAAGAAAAUUAUUUUAUAUUUCGCUUUUUGGUUGGUUUUUCAUUGUUUAGAAUUUAAGUCCAAGAAUAUACAAUAAAAAAAUUCAAGAAAUGGAAUGAAGAUAUUUUGAAA